AAAAAGUUCAAAAAAUUUCGGCCGUUGUGAGUCCCGACUCAACCCCGUUUUUCCAGUGAGCCAGUGACUCCAUCCCAGUCCCUCCCCCCUCCUCCACUCCCGUCCCUCGUCCGAGGUACCUUGCUCGCCGUACUGUGUGUUUUCUUAUCUUCCGGUCCCCGUCCCGUCUUCUCUCUCACUCUCUCUGGUACUUGUGAAUCAUCCUUUCUGUUCCGUCGUGAUCUUUCUCUUCCAAUUCCCUCGUCUCGAGUCCGUCUUCUGCAAUCCUUCGCCAGUUGCCCUUCUUCAUUCCCCCCCGCACGCACUGCAGCUUAAUUCUCUUAUAACCCCUCACGCGGUUAUAUACAUCUUUAAUCUUUAAACACCACAUCGACUACACAACAAACAGACAGACAAAAUGUCUCCUGUUGCUGCUGGUCGUUCGGAGAAGGAGUCCAACCUGGCUAGGUUGCUGGGAUCCGGCUCUGCUGGUAUCGCCGAGUUGGCCAUCUUCCAUCCUGUCGAUACCAUCGCUAAGCGUCUGAUGUCCAACGAGACCAAGAUCUCCAACUCCGCCGAGCUCAACAAGGUCAUCUUCAAGAACAAGGCCGACGCCCCCUUCGGUCGCAAAUUCGUCUCCCUCUUCCCCGGUCUCGGCUACGCCGCCGGCUACAAGGUCCUCCAGCGCAUCUACAAGUACGGCGGCCAGCCCGUCGCCCGCGACUACCUCGGCACGCACUACGGCAAGGACUUUGAGAACGCCUUUGGCAAGAAGACGGGCAAGGCCAUCAUGCACUCGACCGCGGGUUCGCUGAUCGGCAUCGGCGAGAUCGUCCUCCUCCCCCUCGACGUCCUCAAGAUCAAGCGCCAGACCAACCCCGAGGCCUUCAAGGGCCGCGGCGUGUUCAAGAUCAUCAAGGAUGAAGGGUUCGGCAACUUGUACCGCGGCUGGGGCUGGACGGCCGCUCGCAACGCCCCUGGUUCCUUCGCUCUCUUCGGCGGUUCCGCGUUCGCCAAGGAGUUCCUGUUUGGUCUGAGUGACUACAACAAGGCGUCGUGGUUCCAGAACUUUGUUGCGUCUAUCGCUGGUGCUUCCGCCUCGCUCGUUGUGUCGGCUCCCCUCGACGUCAUCAAGACCCGUAUCCAGAACCGCAACUUCGAUAACCCCGAGUCUGGCUUCCGCAUUCUGACCAACAUGGCCAAGAACGAGGGCGCCGGUGCUUUCUUCAAGGGUCUGGUGCCUAAGCUUUUGAUGACUGGCCCCAAGCUUGUUUUCUCUUUCUGGCUGGCGCAGACUUUGAUUCCUGCUUUUGAUAUUGCUUUCCGCAAGUAAAGCGAUGUCGUUAGACGACGGGUGAUCAGAUCGAGACGAAAAACAAAAAAAAAUCGGCGUUUGCUUGGAUUGGGAAGGAAGCCUUUUGAUGGAUAGAGACAGAUGAGACUAUGAUCUGUCAUGUUUGUUUCGCCAUCUUUUGUAACAAUAUCAUGUGUUGUGUGAGCCGGAGUCGGAGUGGGUUGUAAAGGAGGGUGGGAGGGUUAUAUAAGGUUCAUGAUAGAUAGAAUAUUCCCGGCGUUGUGUGGUGGGCAAAAAUAAAAAUUUUC